UAACAAACCAACAGUGAGUGCAUUGUUGGACGAAAUUACUGUACAUUCAGUGCUUCACUGGUUGUUGUAAUCAUAGGUCUAAUCAAUGCAUUAAACGCCCAUUAAUUGCAGUCAUUUGCCUCUCAUUACAGCUAAUGAUUGACUCGUUUAGCGAUUUAAUUGUCAUUUAAAUCACAUCCGAAACACAUUUAGUAAUUGUCUGUCAUUUGCAUUGAAGUGAAGUAACCCAUAAACCAUCAACUGAUCCAAAAUGGCUUUGAGUGACGCAGACGUUCAGAAACAGAUCAAACAUAUGAUGGCUUUCAUAGAACAAGAGGCCAAUGAAAAGGCGGAAGAGAUCGACGCCAAGGCUGAGGAGGAAUUCAAUAUAGAAAAGGGUCGACUCGUGACCGAACAGAGGCUG